AUGUGCAAGAGCAAGACCGGCGUGCUAGCGGGCAGGCUCCUCGUCCUCGCCUUGCUCCGCCGUAGGAUGGCUAGAGUGGGCUCCAUCUCGCACAAGAUACAAACGCUGAUUGUGGCCGCCGAUCAGGCAAAGGUGAGAUUGGACUAUCACAAGGCUGUCUUGCUGCGCAAGAUCAAGACGAUGCGGACAAUCCAUGGCAGCAAGAUCAUUGAUCUCUCGCAUCAGUUGGCUCUGUUCGAUAAAGAAGAAAAUGGUGACGACAGCUGCCCUGACUGGACAUUGGACCCCAUCUUCAAUGACAACCACAAUUGUGGCUACAUUGAGGAGUACACGGGGGAUGAAGAGGAGCCCUCAGUAGUGGAUAUAAUAAGGAGAAACCCAGAGGUAGAGGGGUUGGAGUUCAACCUGGACUACGAUAUCGACCAGGCUGCCGAAAUGUUCAUAAUCAAGUUCCGAGAACAGAUGAACAGGAGCUUUUAG